AUGAGCAGGAGGACACUGGAGGAGCAGAGAGCAGGAGGACACCGGAGGAGCAGAGAGCAGGAGGACACCGGAGGAGCAGAGAGCAGGAGGACACCGGAGGAGCAGAGAGCAGGAGAACACCGGAGGAGCAGAGGAGCAGGAGGACACCGGAGGAGCAGAGAGCAGGAGGACACCGGAGGAGCAGAGAGCAGGAGGACACCAGAGGAGCAGAGAGCAGGAGGACACCGGAGGAGCAGAGAGCAGGAGGACACCGGAGGAGCAGAGAGCAGGAGGACACCGGAGGAGCAUGGAGCAGGAAAACACCGGAGGAGCAGAGAGCAGGAAAACACCGGAGGAGCAGAGAGCAGGAAAACACCAGAGGAGCAGAGAGCAGGAGGACACCGGAGGAGCAGGGAGCAGGAGGACACCGGAGGAGCAGAGAGCAGGAGGACACCGGAGGAGCAGAGAGCAGGAGGACACGGGAGGAGCAGAGAGCAGGAGGACACGGGAGGAGCAGAGAGCAGGAGGACACCGGAGGAGCAGAGAGCAGGAGGACACGGGAGGAGCAGAGAGCAGGAGGACACCGGAGGAGCAGAGAGCAGGAGGACACCGGAGGAGCAGAAAGCAGGAGGACACCGGAGGAGCAGAGAGCAGGAGGACACCGGAGGAGCAGAGAGCAGGAGGACACCGGAGGAGCAGAGGAGCAGGAGGACACCGGAGGAGCAGAGAGCAGGAGGACACCGGAGGAGCAUGGAGCAGGAAAACACCGGAGGAGCAGAGAACAGGAGGACACCGGAGGAGCAGAGAGCAGGAGGACACCGGAGGAGCAGAGGAGCAGGAGGACACCGGAGGAGCAGAGAGCAGGAGGACACCGGAGGAGCAGAGAGCAGGAGGACACGGGAGGAGCAGAGAGCAGGAGGACACCGGAGGAGCAGAGAGCAGGAGAACACCGGAGGAGCAGAGGAGCAGGAGGACACCGGAGGAGCAGAGAGCAGGAGGACACCGGAGGAGCAGAGAGCAGGAGGACACCGGAGGAGCAGAGAGCAGGAGGACACCGGAGGAGCAGAGAGCAGGAGGACACCGGAGGAGCAGAGAGCAGGAGGACACCGGAGGAGCAGGGAGCAGGAGGACACCAGAGGAGCAGAGAACAGGAGGACACCGGAGGAGCAGACCAGAGGGAGACCUGGCUCGGAGUCGGAGGCUGAUGUGCCGUUUCUAAUCCUCCUGUUGGUGGCUUUGUGCCGGGGCUCAGCAGGAAGUGGGAGCUGGGCAGACAACAAUUAA